GUAAACUAAUUUAGUACACAAUGGCACCGCCAUUUGUUGCUUGCCGUAUUUGCCGGAGCGUCGAAGGAAAGUUGAAAAACUAUACGGACAGUAUAUUUUUAAUUAAAGCGUAUGAAGAAUUCAGUGGAUGUCCGUUUGUAGAGUGGCCAUACAUGACAAAGUUCUGCCCAGAAUGCGCCUGCCUCAUCAGAAAGGUGUACAAACUACGGAGGAAGUGCAGAAAGUCCUACAAAUUUGUGGUGCAGCAUUUAGAGUCGGGUAGAAAGAUCACUAAACCAUUCAUUCAGCAGAGCGGCACAAGCCUAUACCACAAGCCAACGGACUUUGCCACGUGGCACUCCUACAGCAUACCCACCAUAGACUACGUACACAACCCGAAGGCUUACAAGUCAAAGAAGAAAAAUUUGGAGGAGCCGGUUUUCUAUAUUAAACAUGUGACAGUGCCGAAGGACACACAAGCCGAAAUACCAACAGUGGUGCCCGAGCCGAUAUACGAUUUCAACGAGCGAUACUACGACUCCUCCGAUCUGGAAGAAGAACUGCAAUUCAAACCAUGGCCUAAAGCAAAUGCUAUUUACAUUCCAAGCAUUAUUAAAGCAAAUGCUACUUACACUACAAGCAUUACUCAAGCGAAUGCUACUUACACUACAAGCAUUACUCAACCAAAUGCUACUCACACUCCAAGCAUUACUAAAGCGAAUGCUACUUACGCUACAAGCAUUACCAAAGCGAAUGCUACUUACACUGCAAGCAUUACUCAACCAAAUGCUACUUACACUCCUAGCAUUACUAAAACAAAUUCUACUUACACUACAAGCAUUACUCAACCAAAUGCUACUUACACUCCUAGCAUUACUAAAACAAAUGCUACUUACACUCUGAGCAUUACUCAACCAAAUGCUACUUACACUACAAGCAUUACUCAACCAAAUGCUACUUACACUCCAAGAAUUAAUAAGGCACAAAUUUUGGACAUACCAGAGAAGCCAGUAGUUUUUGAAGAACCACCAGUUCCACCAACAAUGCUAGUGGAACUUGGAGCACCGGAGUUAGAGGCACCGAUGACAUUGGAACCGGUUCAAGAUCCGGUGAUUCUGCCGGAUGACCCAAAUGUGGGUGCAACUUUGUGUAAACCGGACCUGAUUGAGGAAGAGCAGAUUGAUGUCAAAAUGGAGGAUGAUAUGAUGGACGAUAUCUCUGAAAGUUUCGAAACCGAUCACCUUGAAAACGAAGACAAGCUAGAAAUGAAACUAGACCCAGACCUGGACCCAGACAACCUGACGCUGCUGGAAAUUAAGGCCGAAAUGGAACGAGACGGCUCAGGAAAGGGAAAGAGAAAGAGGCGCGGGAAAGAGAAAGCUGAAGGUGACCCCCCACCGCCGCGCGUCGGCCGGUGCGCGGACGCGUAUAAACUAGUCUGCGCGGCGCAUAGCGAGAGAUAA